UUCUUCGACUUCUUCUGAUGAUUUUCCCCUCUCUGCUGUGUACCGUUUGUUUGCAAACAAACCAAAGUCGCCGGCUGCCUACUCCCUUCUCGCUUUUCUUCCCACGACUUUGCGUGCAGAGAUGUCAUGGAUCAUAACGGCAGAAAUCGAGAGUCCUGCGAUGUUCGCUGCGCUCGCUGACUGGACCGUAAUAAUUUAUUCAUUGAAAGCAAAACACUAAUUAUUACAUGAAUAUAUUUAGUAGAACAUGAAAAGUUUGUUCGAUAUUGCGUUGGUGCUGAUCGCGAUCCAAUUACCAUUCCUCCAGGGCGACAACUCGCCGCUGUUGGAUCACGGUAGAACACGAGUAUGGGGACCCGGUCUGGAGCUAGCCGACAAGCUUCCGCUGAAUGCGAGGUAUUUUUACAUCGAACCAAGAGACGUGCAGAAUAACAUAAUAACAGAUCCGUUGAAGUAUCGGAUUUUGUUCAAAGGUCGUUCCGUAUUGGGGGAAUGUCGCGUAAGAAUAGAGCAAAUAGAUCGGUUCGAUGGAUCAUCCCUGAUCCGAUACAAACUGGCAGAGACAUGCUGGGACACGGAAAUUCACGUACUGUACGGAGAACGACAUUUGGGAAGCUCUCCUUACAGGUUUAGCGGGAAGCUGUACACCGAAAACUGCAACUGUCCUCAGGCCCAUCUGGAGGAGUGGGUUGAACAGAUCGGAUGCCCUAGCUCGGACCCGCAAAUCGAAAGCGACCUCAUUCCAUUCCGAGCCGUCAAUUUCUCCAGUCUAAGACCAAGGAUUAUCCAGCAGUACGACAAGCCGGGAAGUGUAUCAUUGUGCAAUUAUGUGAUCAAGCAUAAUGAGAUCUAUCGAACCUGCUAUGGACGGUAUACAGGAUUCAAGAUGUAUAUGGAUGCCUUGUUGCUCUCAUUGACACGAAAAACUAUCCUCCCCGAUAUGGAGUUGUUCGUCAAUCUUGGUGAUUGGCCACUGGUUACAAAAGGGGGCCACCGGCGUACGACCGGACCGUAUCCGGUGUUCUCGUGGUGCGGCAGCGAUGAUACCUUCGAUAUCGUAAUGCCAACGUAUGACAUCGUUGAAGCCACGCUGGAAGCCAUGAAUCGUGUCACCCUUGAUAUGCUCUCCGUUCAACGGAAGGGAACUCCCUGGAAGGAUAAGGAGCCCAAAGCAUUUUGGCGUGGUCGGGAUGCGUGUCGUGAACGACUCGAUCUGGUGGGAAUAUCGCAGAAGCAUCCGGACCUUGUGAAUGCUUCCCUGACUAAUUUCUUCUUCUUUCGAGACGAGGAGAAACGGUACGGUCCCAAGGUGGCGCACAUAUCAUUUUUCGACUUUUUCAACUACAAGUAUCAGAUCAAUGUGGAUGGCACGGUGGCAGCAUACCGGUUACCAUACCUUCUCGGUGGAUCUUCGGUAGUAUUCAAACAGGACUCCAAGUAUUACGAGCAUUUCUACAACAAACUUCAAAAGUGGAAGGAAUUUGUCCCACUCAAGAAAGAUUUGUCCGACUUGGUGGAAAGUAUCGAGAAGGCGAAGACAACCGACGAUACAAUGCUAGGCAUUCGCGAUAAUGCGAAAAGCUUCGUGGAAAAGCACUUGCUACCAAAAUCCAUUCUCUGUUAUUAUGGAUUGUUGUUCAAGGAUUAUGCGAAGAGCAUUGUCAGUUCCAUUCAGGUACUACCGAACAUGGAAAAGGUGGAUCAGCCAACAGCUAGCGCCAAUUGUGAAUGUGAUAUGAUGCAACACGAAAAUAGUCAUGAUGAACUUUAGUAAAUGGUUGUUUUAGAAACAUUCCACUUUGUAUUAGAAAAGAUCUGAAUGAAUCUAUAUAUAUAUAAA